CACCUGUCAUUUCGAACUCUGAGAUCUAACUUUACUUCGCAAUGGGUGAUAUCUCCCCCGACCCAGUUCAAUUCAAAAUUGAACCAACACCUAUUCCUACGAUAAACAUCGUAAGGCAUGGCACCUAUCCUAUCUAUACAGGAGGGCUCGGUGACGUCUGGAAAUGUUCGAUGAUUAUACAACCUGGAACCCAACGCCUGGUCGCUGUCAAAUCUCUCAGGGUCCCUUUAACAACAGAUGUGGAAUCAUUAAACAAGAUAGGCAAGAGAGUUCGUCGCGAGGCCUAUGUUUGGAUACAGUUGGAACACGACAAUAUUCUCCCUCUCGACGGCGUGACUGAAGAAUUUGGGCUACUUCCAGCACUAGUGUCUCCAUGGAUGGAAGGAGGGUCGCUGGACAAUUACUUGAAGCGCGAGUUUUCCGGACUGACUGACUCUCGAAAAUGGAAGCUUGUACGACAGGUAGCUGCUGGUAUUAGUUACCUGCACAACAAGGGUAUCGUGCAUGGUGACUUGACAGCGACCAACGUUUUGGUUGACGGCCUUGGCGAUCACGUCCGUCUUGCAGACUUUGGUCUAUCGAUGAUCAUUGCUGAGGAAGGCAACGCCACAUUCACCUCCUGUCAUCCAGGAAACGUGCGUUGGAUGCCCCCGGAGGCUUUCCCAGCCGGAGAUGAAGACGAGGACGAAGUUAAAUACGAGAAGCCAGUCAAAGCUUGGGAUGUCUAUUCGUAUGGCUGUGUAGUGUUCCAGAUCUUUUCGGGAAAAGAGCCCUACGUAUGGAUAAAAAAUGUUUUCCAGGUUACGGGCGCGCUGAAGAAGGGACGCGCACCUUUUAAGGAUAUACAAAAUCAUGAGGUAUAUCAACAAUUCUCACCGUGCUUGAAUACGAUAUCACCCGAACGCCCGACCAUGGACGAUAUCAUAAGACUUCUUGGGUCACUGUAAACGUCGUCAUGUAGUGAGAUGUAAUGAUAGUGUAUACAUAUUGCAGUAAUGAAUUUGGAGAAUAUUGUUACACGAGUUAGAGCUUAUUAUACUACUCACUUUGGUGGAAGAGGGUUCUGCAAUUCUGUAAGAUGCUGCACAGUGAACAUAAUGUCAG